AUGCCGCCUACACGUCCUGACUUCUCGUCUCUUCCUCUCGACCGCAAUGGGCCUCACGGUAAUGCGUGGGGCUUCUGGGGCGACAAAGACGAGCUCGGCAUGCUCAACCUCCUGACGCCCUCCAACACGACCUCGGCCGCAAAAGAAAUCGAACACGGCAUCCGCAUCUCCGUCGACUGGCCGCUGAACAAAAUGUCGCCGCCGUGUUUCAAUCGCAUCGCUUUCAAUCACACCAUCAUCAACAAAGCCCCUCGCAGCGUAAACGACGAUACCGUGACUUUCAACACACAGAGCAGUUCUCAGUGGGAUGGCUUCAGACACUAUGGAUAUCAGAAAGAGAAGAGAUACUAUAAUGACUGCACCAAUGAAGAUGUAUUGGGGUCAGACAAGAAUGGUAUACACGUCUGGGUUGAGAAUGGCGGUGUUGUGGGACGAGGCGUCUUGCUCGACUACAAGUCUUGGGCCGAGGAAAAGGCUAUAUGGAGUGCAGAGGCUUGUUUCCAGACUACACCCAUCACAGUGCAUGUCUUGGACCAAGUUGCGCAUGCCCAAGGAGUGCAAUUCAAAGAGGGGGAUAUCCUGUUCAUUCGCACAGGCUGGACAGGCGCGUACGAGGAGCUGUCUUCCGAAGCACGUACAAAGCUGUCGGAAACGUACCCGCCUCCUGCCAUCGGUGUAGAGUCGUCUGAGAAGACGGUGCGCUGGAUGUGGGANAAGGGCUUCGCCGCUGUUGCCGGCGAUCAACCCAGUUUUGAGGCAUGGCCGUGUCAGAACACCGAGUACUUGCUGCACGAGUGGUUGCUUGCUGGGUGGGGCCUACCCAUCGGCGAGAUCUUUGACCUGGAUAGGCUGGCGAAAGAGUGUAAAGACAAGAACAAAUGGUCUUUCUUNUUCAGCAGCAUGCCCAUCCACGUUCCUGGAGGUGUCGCAAGUCCGCCGAAUGGUGUCGCUAUUCUGUAA